AUGCUCUGACAAGUCUCGGACAAAAUGAUAAGUUCACAAAAUACAAUUAUGACUGUCUGGUACAAAAAUGAGACAUUAACUCAUCCUUUUCUCCUUUUUUUCCCCUUGCAGCACAUGGGGGUGAAAUAAUACAUGGCAAAAAGGUCCCAGAUGACUUAAUGCUGUAUAUGGCCUCGGUGCAGAACAAUCAAGGUCAUGUUUGUGGAGGAUUUCUUAUCAGUAAAGACUUUGUGGUCACUGCCGCCCACUGUGACUAACAGAAGCCUACAAGUGUCGUUCUUGGCACCCACAAUCUCAAGAAGAUUAACAAUACCACCAUGAAAUACAGUGUAAGCAGAUGCAAGUACCCACAGUAUAAGGAUGCUAAGUUUGGUGAUGACAUCAUGCUUCUCAAACUGUCUAAAAAAGCUCGACUGGACAAAAGAGUACAGUCGAUUCAGCUGCCAAAGGGUGAAAUUAAAUUGAAAGACAAAGCAAAGUGUCGUGUGGCUGGAUGGGGCUUCACAAAAACUGGUGGUAAAAGUGUUAAUGAGCUGCAAAUGGUGGAGGUGCCUGUUGUCAAACUGGAGGAAUGUAGGAGAAAAUGGAAGCAAAUUAGAUUUGAUCUUCCAAACAAUGUCACCUGUGUGGGUGGAAGCGGAACAACCAAAGGAUUCUGUAAGGGUGACUCUGGUGGUCCUCUAGUGUGUGGCGGGAUGGCUGUUGGCAUUGUGUCGUUCAACAUGAAGAACAACUGCGACUACCCAAAUGUACCUAAUGUCUACACAGAUACUUCAAGAUACCUGCAGUGGAUCAAAAAAAUUCUCAGGCAAAAACGUUGCUAAACAUAACACAGCAUAGCAGACAUUUCUUGUACUGCAGAGUUAUUUCUGUGCUUGCUCAUGAUGAAAAAUACAAAAAUAAACUUUGCUUUCAAA